UCAAGACAGAAGUACACACAUUACAGAGGCAACAGAACCACCACCAAACAAAUCAAACUGUUUUCAGUAAUACAAAUAAAAAUAAAAAAAAAUGGGAAAAGGAGGAGCUUACGCGACGGUGGCGGCGGACGAGAUGGAAAAGCUAAGGAGGAGGAACGGAGAAUUGGAGAGAGAAAUGGAGGAGAUGAAGAAAGAGAUGAUUCAGCUGUGGAGGAGAACAGUGGUGGCGGAAGAGGCGGAGGAGAGACUCUGCUCGCAGCUGGCGGAGCUGGAGGUGGAGUCUCUAGAUCAGGCGCGUGAGUAUGAGUCUCGUAUACAUUUUCUCGUGGAUCAAAUCUCUCGUCUCUCUUCCUCCUCUCUCGAAGUCGUUGUUAUGAAUUCAUAGUCUGAUAUAUAUCUGUAAAAAUGGCUAAGAAUCCUAAGAUCUAUACCAGUUUUUAGUUUUUUUUUUUCUUUUUAAUCUUGGUUAGGAACCUCUAGAGCUAGUCUGAUGUAAGCAAAAGUAAAACAGAACAUCACUGUAUUAAAUUUUCGAAUUUCAUCUGUAAAAUUUCAACAUUUAUAUACCUAGAAAAGGUUAAACAUCCA